CCAGUCUUCACCAGUUUUAGCCACGUUUCUCGGAACGUAAAGCGAAACUGCAUGUAGUCGCCACGUUUUACUGUAUAGAUUAUUGUUAUAAGCACUGACUGACUCAGUCGAACAGCAGACAGGACAUGAACCCUCUUGAAGACACAGCGAGCUCCGUUCAACGUGGUAGACGAGGACUGACCCAGGGGACGAGAGAGCUGUGUGAACAUUUCAGACGAUGUUCCUGCUCUCGUCUUCACCACCCCAAACAAGCACCCUAUGUUUGGCAGUACCGGGUUAAUCCUGGCGGGUGGAAACAUCUGUUGAGCAGAGAGAUGGAACUUGUAGAGAAAGCCUUCUGCAACAAUGAGGACGAAAUUGAAGCCACGGUAAACAUAUCAGUGCCGUUUGAGGACAUUCUUCACCCAACGCCUACAGAUUCAGAUAGCGGGAUCAGUUUCAGGCGAAUGUCAACUCGAUCCUACGUGGAGGCCGGAAGUGAAGACAUUUCCCUUUACACACAGUGGGUGUGGUACUGGCAGGACAACAAUGGAGAGUGGUCUCCCUUUAUGAAGCCGGAGCUUCAGCUGACCCUGGAGACCAAGUACCUGGCAGGACAGGACAUCUACCUCUACACUAUCGGAGAUCAUGAAUACCGCCUGGACUUUACAUCUCUGGUUCAGGUCAACAGGAAGUAUCAAACUCGGAGGCCAGUCCACCGGAGACCAGUGUUUGUAUCAAUUGAUGACGCCCGGCAGCGACAGCAGACGUGUUCCAGUUUACUGAUGUCCCCUGCGGCAGUCAGAGCAUACAGAGUCCCCUUCAACUGGACUCCGCUUGACCGUUACCAGGACAGUGAGAUGGUAGACCUUGCGCCCAGUUCGGAUGAAUAUUGUACAGUGAUGUCAUCCAUCAACAAAACCCUAUCACUUCACAAAACGUUUGAAGUUAGGCACAUUUACAGACUGCAGAAUGCUUUGCUGUGGUACACUUACGACUGCAUGAAGAAGACACUUCAGAUGUCCAAUGACCAGGUAAAUAUAGAUGAGCGACAGCUCUUCCACGGCACAGACACCAUAGACGUGGUCAACGACAUCUGCAUCAACAACUUCGACUUCAGAGUCAGUGGCAAGAACGCCACGGUGUACGGCAAGGGGGCGUAUUUCGCCCGGGACGCACGUUAUAGCCAUCUCUACACCAAGGGCAGAAGACGGUAUCUGUUCCUGGCUCGAGUGCUUGUGGGAAAAUACACACUCGGAGACAGCACGUACACAAGACCGCCACGGAGAAAAGGUCACGUCCGGUAUGAUUCUUGUGUAGACGACAAGAAGAAUCCCUCAAUAUUUGUUAUAUUUGAGAGGAAUCAGUGCUACCCUGAGUAUCUUGUCGAAUACAAGGAAAUAUCUGUUGAAGCAGAGAGUACAUUAACAAAACGAUCUAUCCGCAGUGCAACAAUGUCCCCUCCUGCUCUAAGUACGUCAAAAACCACGAACGUCCGUCAUCUACGUCCGAGUACACCGCCUGUUGUCAAGACUCAAGCUGGGUAUUUGACAAUGGACUAUAGCUGGACACCAUCAAAGACCUUACCGACCUCUAUUCCAACGUCUUCAGGGUUUUCAAGAAACGUCCGUCAUCUACGUCCAAGUACAGAAGCUGUUGUCAAGACUGAAACUAAAUCAUUAACUCUGGACGGGACAUCAUCAAAGACCACCCCGACCUCCAUUCAGCCUUCUUCUGUGCGGUCAAGCUUCGUCCACGAUCUUAGUCCAAGUACAACGUCUGUUGUCAAGGCUGAAGCUAAAUCAGUAACACAGGACUUGUACGGAACACCACCAGAGACCAACCUGACUUCCUUUCAGUCUUCUUCCGCGCGGUUAAGCUUCGCCCACGAUCUUAGUCCAAGCACAGCGGCUGUUGUCAAGGCUGAAUCUGAGUCAUUAAUUCAGAAUUUGGGCGGGACACCAUCAAAACCCACCACAAGCUCCUUGGAAUACAUACGCUACUUCCAUCCCGGGAUACGUGCUGCAAGGGAUUACAUAAUGGGCAUUUGUUGUCUUACUAAGAACAUCAUACUCAUUCUCAUUCUCAUGCACACACUCAUUGACAUCAAAUAACAAAAAAACAAAUAGUCAUCGUGUUGAGUUCUAAAAAGGACACGUCUAAAUUGGGACUACUAUCGCAUAAUCAGAAAACACCGUUAGUCACAGAUAUUCGAGUUCUUUCAACAACCAAAACCAAUCAGACAACAUUUUCAGUUCACAAAGGACACGUCCUUAUUAGUGUCACUAUCUCAGGAUCAGCGAACACCUUAGGUCCAGAUUCGGGUUCUUCAAACAACCAAAAUCAGACAAUUCUCCAACUUUGAGAUGUCAUACUGCACAAACAGGUGAAGCCCUCGAGGAUAAAAUAAGAGAUGAUUUUCAAAACAUUAAUGAAUCAUUGUUAACCAAACUCUCGAAAAUAAAAUGGAAAUUUCAAAUAUAAUGGAAGAAGAAAUUAAAGGAAUCGGUUAGGAAUCGAAUUUAGUGGUAGGAGGAAGGAAAUACUGCCGCAUUUUGUGAGCUGUUCACCAGCAGUGAUGCGGUCAUCUUAAAAGCGCGACAGGUGACAAUGGCUCGGUUUUCUUUUGACUGACUUUCUCUCUGAUGUCUUGUUUCGGAGUUCCUUUUCUUGCAGCAGGAGAGUGUUGAUCGGCAACUGCUCCGCCUCGCGGUGUAGGACGCCUGUCAGCCUACAAGUUCGUGGACUGUUCUCCGCACUUGGAAUUGAUUCGCCAAUGCCAGCCUAAAAAGUAAAAUAAAAUCGAUUAAAAUGUGACAAAGUGUGUAUUAUAAUAACUUCAUAUUUGCAUUUUUCAUAUAUAAACUGAUGUGUGCACAAAUAUAUCAUAUAUGAAGUAUACCUUCGGCAUGGUUGUGGAUGCUGAAAGACGUUCAAGCAAAAGAUUGACCGGACAUCAAAUGAGUCAUCCACCACUCCUCUACGAAGUUGGUCAGGACUCGAACCUUACCCUGAUCCUUGACUCUGGUGGGUGGGAUGUGGUUGUGGUAAAGGAACGACAG